AGAAAACCUCACAUCCCUGCCACUGCCCGAAAUAUAAACCAUCGCCGCUGCUGGAAGGCAAUUGAUCUAAUAGGAUCGUGGACGCUGUUGGGAGACCGUUUGAGCUCGUGAUAUUUUCAGGUUAUAUAUGUAUAUAUAUAUUGUAUAUAUUUACUUCGACCUGGACGAGAUGGUUGCUCUUACGCCGUUUUCCUCGCCUUUUGUCUCUUUUGGGAGGGCCAGGGGACGAAAAAGGAAAGGAGAGAGGCAGUCCUUAAUGUUCCUGGUCUUCCUUUCCUUCCACUUCUAAGAAGGGCUGCAAGAAAAUUCCACUCCGAUUGUCCAGUUGGAGGAGGGGAAGAUGGUGAGGGGGAAGACGGAGAUGAAGCUGAUAGAGAACGCGACGAGCAGGCAGGUGACGUUCUCGAAGCGGAGGAAUGGGCUUCUGAAGAAGGCGUUCGAGCUCUCGGUCCUUUGCGACGCCGAGGUCGCCGUCAUCGUCUUCUCUCCCCGUGGAAAGCUCUACGAGUUCUCCAGCACCAGCAUGGAAAAGACAAUCGAUCGCUAUAGAAGACAUGCAAAAAGUGGCAUCAACAACAAUGAAGUAACUCAGAUUGUCCAACUGCAGCAAUGGAAAUUUGAAGCAGCUAGCAUGUCAAGAAAGAUCGAAUCCCUUGAAGUUUCCAAACGGAAGCUCUUAGGUGAAAACCUAGAAUCAUGCUCUGCUGAAGAACUGCAUGAAAUAGAGGGUAAGAUAGAGCAAAGCCUCUGCCAUGUCAGAGGAAAGAAGAAUCAGUUACUUGAAGAGCAAAUUGCAACGCUCAAAGAACAGGAGCAGACACUUAUGGAGGAGAAUGCAUUACUACGAGAGAAGUGCAAGCUACAAUCUCAACUACGGCCAGCCGCUGCUCCAGAGGAAACUGUUCCAUGCAGCCAGGACGGUGAGAAUAUGGAGGUAGAGACAGAGCUGUACAUUGGAUGGCCAGGAAGGGGAAGGACCAAUUGCAGGUCGCAAGGUUGACAGGCAAUUCAGUUCACCAAGAGCAUCUAUAUAUUUUAAUGACAUACGAAUGGCUAUACCUCUUUCGAUAAUAAGUGAUAUGUUGAUAUGCUGUAUUUUAGUGUCGUUGUCGUAUUGUUGCAAGCUUCAAUCAGAAAGGAAAAAUUCAAUAAUGAAGGGAAUAUGUUGAGAAGGCAGUUUUAUCUAGCAAUUUAGUUGAUCUUAUUAAGCUAU